GCCAUCACUUCUGUGCCGCCAAUUCCAGCAGUCCCCCAUACCAUGAAAUCGAGCUGCAAUCAUCUCCGGUGACAGCACGCGUCCCACGAUGCGAGCCACCAUUACCUGGGGCCGAGCAUGCCUCAGAGGACUCCAGCAGAACAGAGGCGGCGCGCCUGCACAACCGCAAGUCCUACGGCAGAUCCAAUACAGCGUGCGAAGAGGCCGUUUCAAACGAUCCUUCUCCCUCCUGCGCAAUGCUCGACAGGCCUUUCGCGCCCCGCCGCCCUCACCCGUCAAAGGAGGAACAGUGCUCCUCGCCGCACUCAGUCCGGCAGCGUUCGUGUCAAUAGCAGAGGACAACGAGGGCAACGAUGAUGGUCUGACGCAUGAAGAGCACAUGCUGGAAAUCUCCCGACAAGAGCUAGCAGAUCGUGUGCCGGACAGACUGAAAAACAGCAAUGGCUUCCGAGUGCAGGUAUGGAGGUUCUUCAAUACAUGGCUCGUGGAGCCUAUCGCCACAGGAUUUCGUUUCGUCCAUCUGGUCAUCAUCUUCGUACCUGUGAUUGUGAGUGUGCCUGUGAUGUGGCUUGGAGCUCGGAACCCCGACAAGGACGAUGAAAGGAGCGGCACCAUAUGGUGGUAUGGCUUCCUGGUAUCGAGUAUGGAGCGCGCAGGAGCAGCUUUCAUUAAGCUGGGUCAGUGGGCAGCCAGCAGGACGGACAUAUUUCCCCAGCAAAUGUGUGCCAUCAUGUCUUCUUUGCAUUCAGACGCGCCAGCACACAGCUUUGAAAUCACCAAAGAGACAAUAGAACGAGCAUUCGGCAGGAAGUUUGAGGAUAUUUUUGAGGAGUUUGAUGAAACUCCACUUGGAGUCGGAGCUAUCGCGCAGGUGUAUAAGGCGAAACUCAAGUCGGACCUGGCAGCCACGGACGACGAAGCAGCAGACAAGCCCAAGAACUUCACAGAACGGGCGAUGAAGACGGUGGAUCCAUUAUUGAAGAUCACACCACAUCGAGAGCCGAGCAAAUAUGUGGCGAUCAAGGUGCUGCAUCCGAAGAUUGAAAGAAUUGUCCGGCGGGACCUGAAAAUCAUGGGGGCCUUCGCAAGCAUCAUCAAUGCCAUACCGACAAUGGAAUGGUUCUCAUUUCCGGACGAAGUCAAGCAGUUUGGCGAGAUGAUGAGGCUCCAACUGGAUCUCCGAAUCGAGGCUGCCAACUUGACGAUUUUCCGCAAGAACUUCCGGAACAGAUCAACAGCAUGGUUCCCAUAUCCUUAUACGCAGUACACGACGCGUCAAGUCCUGGUGGAAGAGUUUGCCACGGGGAUCCCCCUCGAACACUUCCUGCGAAAUGGAGGUGGUGUCUUUCAAAAGGAGAUUGCUGAUGAGGGACUCGAUGCGUUCCUCCACAUGCUGUUGAUCGAUAACUUCAUCCACGCAGAUCUCCAUCCUGGAAACAUCAUGGUGCGCUUCUACAAGCCAGCAACCAUGCACGAACGAACAGAGAUUGGGACACGGAUCAGAGAGAAGUUCGUCGGAGACCCAAAGCCAGAUGCAAAGAAUGGCGAGGAUGUCACGGAGCACGUUCUAGCACGCCUACGACCUUACAGACAUGAGAAAGAAGCAUGGCUCAACGAGCUGGCACAAAUCGACAAGGAGAACUUCAGGCCGCAGCUCAUCUUCAUCGAUGCAGGACUCGUCACGGAGCUGAAUGAGAAGAACAGGAGAAACUUCUUGGACUUGUUCAAGUCUGUUGCGGAAUUCGAUGGGUACAAAUCUGGUCGUCUCAUGGUCGAGAGAUGCAGACAGCCAGAUGCGGUGAUUGACGAAGAGGUCUUCGCGCUUCGCAUGCAACACCUCGUGCUUGGAGUCAAGAGCAGGACUUUCGCGCUAGGCAACAUCAAGAUUGGGGACAUAUUAAAUGAAGUCUUGGAUAUGGUGCGAUCACACCAUGUUCGGCUGGAAGGUGACUUUGUCAACGUCGUGCUAUCGAUUCUGCUACUUGAGGGGAUUGGCCGGACCUUGGAUCCGGACCUGGAUCUGUUUUCUGGUGCAUUACCCAUUCUACGACAGCUUGGAGCACAAAGCGGUAGCUCUUUCCUCAAAAACGGCGACUUAUCGAUGGUCAAGGUAUGGGCAGGCCUCGAAGCGAGAAAGUUCUUGCAGGCGAGCAUUGAGAGCGUGGAAAUGUGUGUCAAGUAUGACCAGCUCAGUCCGAAUAUAUGAUGGGAGAAAGCUGCUGCUAGCAUAGCGAGGGCGUUCCAGUCUUGCAGUGGAGAGAUACACGGAGAAAUACAGGAAGAACGUAUCAGACUUUCCAAGACGCUCUGGACCGAUGCCACUACAAAGAGUAAGAGUCACCUGAAUGCAGUUUGCAGGAUUCACUUUCUACUUGCCGCAGUUCUGCCGAAAGUGAAGACAAUUCGGACUAUAUACCAAUACCAGACAUUGGAGUCCUAAAAUAUUUGGCUUGGCAUCAAGCUCCGCUCGAUUCAUCAACACCUGAUUUAGACCCGAUAAUAAUGGUGUAAGGGAGUAUAGGAGGCAGGGCAGAGGAUGUUUGCAUACUGAUUGUACGUGCAGAGAGUCGUAAUUAUACAACUACCACGCUGUCACGAGGGCAAAUACUCGUAUCCUCUCCUGAGAGAACUUAGUCCAUCGACGGGAAUAGGAUCUUCGCAUUCAACACGCAAUGGUGGCCAUGGAGGUUUCUGAGAAGGAUAUCUUCCAAUUACAGGAAAACGGGAAGGUCCCAUCUAUCUACAUGAAAGCCAUUUCACGCACCAAACCAGCCUUCGCCCAACCACGUGCAAAAUUUCUCCCCGUAGUCAACAACAACCCGAUCCACCAAAUCCUCCCAACAACAGCAUCAUACCACAUUUUCUCUUUCCGGCCUCUACUUCGUCUCCACUUCUUCACUCCCAUCUUAACAAGCUCCUCCACCAAAAUCGCCACUCCAUUAUACGCAAAAAAUUUCGCUUCACCCGCCGCAUCACUCCACUUGCCUCCCAGUGUACUUCUCACGGAAAAAGCAUGCACAACAGCAGAACUCAGAAACCCUCCCAAAACUUUGCCCACAUCAGCAGCUUGAUCCGACCUCUUACCCAUCAGUUUUCUCUCCACCCAUUCGCCGGGCCAAACGCCCCAGACGAGAAAUAGGCGCGCAAAAAGUCGAUGCCAGCCAUAGGACCAGAAGCUGCGCGCGGAAGUGAUUUCCCAGACGCGAGUGGUGUAGAGUGGAGGGAAAAAAGCUAGAGGCGACGGAGCGAGAGGUGAACAGAGGAUUGCGAAGAGGGAAUGGCCGAGGGAGAAAGCUGCCAUGAGGAAGGCUCCUAAGGCGGCUGUGAGGAGGUAUUGUUCGGGGAAAGUUAGGGCGUCGAAGGGAGAUUCGGGGGGUGGUGGCUGCUUCGAAGAAGCAGAAGAAGAAGAAGAAGAAGAAGAAGAGGAAGAAGAAAUCACUGCCAGCCGCUUCACAUAGAUAGUUUUAAUAAUCGCCCACGCGACAACCAGCACAGGUCCGACGUGUACCAGAAUCGAAUGCACACGAUUCUGCACCGUCGGCAACCACGUUUUGGUCGUAUGUCGCACAUCUGCCGUCGUCCACGUAAAGCCGACUCCACGCAUCGAGAGUUCCAAUUCCAGUGCCCAAGCUGCACGAUCGCCGAAACCGUGCGGCCAACCAUCUUCGGUGUGAGCGGUUUCGGUGACAGGAAUGGGUUUCGGGCCGUCGAGGAGUUUUUUCAUCAACGUCAUGUAGCCGUCGUCGUUGUUGAGUAGGUCGGUGUAGGAUUGACUGGUCAUGUUUUCGAGUAAAUCGGAUUGGGAUAUAAUUCUUGGUGGGGGCUGAGGACGAGGUCGAAGGGAAGAAGAUUCUGGAUUUUGGUGAUUUUUUUCCACGGAUGUGGAAUUUGCGGUUUUCGUCAUGGCCGUCGAGUCAUCAUCAUCUUGGAUGACAGUAGGCUGUUGUUGUUGUUGUUGUUGCUCUUGUUUUGCACCACCUUUCAUCCCCUCUCCUCCCUUUCCCCCAUCACCAUCACCACCACCACCACCACCAUCAUCAGUUCCACUCCUCCCACUUCCCCCAUCCGCCCACGGCCUCAUCAUCACCUCUCCCCUCGGCGUCUCUGCGCGCACCAAAUGCGAAUAUCGUACUCGACGAGGAACAUGUCCAAAACCAUAAUAACUCACAAAAAACGCAUCCAACACUCGUAAUCCCCCAUAUACGCCCACGAGUCCCAACUGAUACGUCAAACCAAUACUCUGCGGAACGUGGUAGGCGCAUGGGAGGCGUAGGAAGAAGUAUGCGGCGCUGAGGGCGAGGAGGUUGCGGAGAGUGGAGAUUUGGAAGGAGGUGGAAGUAGGAGAUGAUGCAGGGAGGGACUUUUGGUGGUGGUGUUGUUGUUUUUGGGGAGAUUGAGGGGAUGGAGAUGGAGAUGGAGAUGGGGAUGAGGAUGGUGGGAGGAGAAGUAGGGCGAUGUAGUAGAGUAGGACUGGACAGAGGAGGGCUUCGAAUGUCAAGGGUUUGGUUCCGGGAAUGGGUUGGAGGCCCGGACGGGGCUCGCCUGUGAAGAAGGAUUGGAUUGCGUGAUGGAAGAA